GUGAGCCACAUUGUUUGGUGAAUGUGCAUCGAAUUGUACUAACAUCAAACCCGUAAUGAUUUCAAAAAAUAAUGAAAGUGUUCCAAUGAGCUUCAACUUGGAUUGAAAGUUUGGGAAUAUCUUAUGUGCGCAUUGCGCAACGGGAAGGUGCAUCUUACAAAGGAAAACGACAGCAGCAGGAAGCCGAGCACGACGUGUAUGUUUAAAGACAAAAGGUGAUUGGAAUAUGCUUUUGGAAUGUGUACUACUGGCAUAUUAGGUUAAGCACAAACCUCAACCUGCAGCCUAUUGGUAUUGGUCAACUCAAUCACAGGUGUGUUGGAGCAGGGUUGAAAAUGAAGUCUGCAGGAGGAUAUCCCUUCAGGAGCAGGGUUAGCAAACCUUGGUCUAGACAUGUCAUCUCAUGUCUUUGGGCAAAUCAGCUAUAAUGUUCCUACUGAUAUGUAGUGGAUAAGUGCGAGUUUGAGAGCUAGCCUUUGGAGGAGAACACGAGGAUGGCUCAAAAAUGGAAUGCCUUCCAGCAAGCACAGAUUCUUUCUAACCAGAGACCAGAAAUGUCUGUGGGAACUAUGGAAUGUAAUGGAAUUCCAGUGGAAUCAGAGGAGAACUUUGCACAUGAGAUAGAACAAUUAAUUGAGAAGGAGAACUUUUCAAGCAUGAUGGAUUUGCAAGAUAUUGCAGAAUCGGACAUGAAAGACUUUGAGUCUGGUUCUCUGCAGGACUCAUGCUGUGAAUCAUCUUGGCAAGAUGUAAUGCGUUCAGGUGACCUUGAACAAGAAAAGUCAGGGGAUAAAGGAGAUUAUAAUGGUAACAUGACACCCUUUCCCUUGCCUAACUCAGAAGUUGAGUCUACAUCGGAAGAACGUUCUGACGAGGCCGUAUUAGAAACUGCUUUUGAGACGGAUGCCGGUCUUGUGGAGUAUUCCGAUAUUAGCAGCUGUUCUGACAUGGAUGCAAAUCUUGAUUGCAAUUUAAGUUCAUCUAUUGAAGUUAACAUUAGUAGAAACCAGGCAGGUCUGUCUUUAGAGGAAGGAGACCAAAAUUCAAGUAAUGCAAUGGACUUUUCUUCUGCUGAGGUCUGCCAUAGUACUGUUAAAGCAGUUAUGAGUGAAAUAAAUCUACAGCAGGACACUGGACCUCCAGUGACCAUGGGGGAGAGCAAAGGUGAUGUAAACCAUACUUGUAAUGAGGACUCUCUUAUCUCAAAUUCUGAGGAUCCGUGUACAGAAGUACAAGGCGUGGAUAAUAUGAACGGUGUAAUGCUUUUUUCAAAAGAUGGGCGCAUUGAGGAAAAGGACAUUCAUUCUUGUGAUUUGGAUUGUUUUUUGGAUCAAACUACGAUGCAUUGCAAAGAACUUGAUGCAUCUCACGGUGGUUCCACUUCAAAUCAUAUUGAGACUUCCUCCACUUUUAAUGAAAAUGAAAACAACUGCCUUUCAUCCACUUCUUAUGAAGAUGAAAACAAUUGCCUAACCAUAGAUUCACUAAGUGUUUGCCAAUCGCAAAGGACAACCCCAGAUGCUGAAAAUGCAUCAUCAAGACCUGAGCUUGAAGAUACAUUUGUCAUUUCUGGCAUUACAAAAGAUCCAUGUGGUGACUACCAAUUGGACAGAAUGAACCCAGAUCCUAAAAAUACACCUCCAAAUCCUGAAUUUCAAGAGACGACUGAGAUAUCUGGCCAUGGAAAGGAUUCACUUGGUGGCUGUCAAUUAGAAAGCGACCAACCAUAUCCUAAGAAAACAUCCUCAAAACCUGGCCAUGGAGAUUCUUCUCAGCUGGAAGGACAGAAGUGCUUCACAUCUGAUGAACAAGUUGAGCGGAGUAGUUUUGGAUUCCUUGAGUCUUGUUUUGGUUUAAAAAGUGAAACACAAAACAUUGAGGAACUGAAACACCUGAAAAAUGCACAUGUAAACCAAGUCGAUGAGUCCAAUCUGUUUAAUCGCACGGAACCGCCAGUUCUUCUAAAAACUGCUUUUGAAUCUAAUAAUCGGAUGGAUGAAGGAACUGAUGCACCAAAAGAUCCUCUACUAUGUGUUGACCAGACAUCCAGAACCUCCUUAUAUCCUGCACAGCACAAAUGUCUGACUGACAAAAGCACCAUUGCAAGCAAAGAUUCUUUAUCAUAUUUCAAGACCCAAAAGAGAAAACUGCAACCUGUUGUUCUCCUUAAAACAACUGAGAAGAAAACUUGUAAUGGAAAAAACUACCAUUGCUUUGAGUGCCAGGGGUCAACACAAAGUAUAGAUGAGCUUAUCGAGCACUACCACAGCACACAUUCUCUCCAUAAUCUCAGUAGAUCUCAGUAUUGUCCCCCUUGUGAAUGUCCCUUCAAUAGUGGCGCAUUGACACAACACUUCUGUGGGGAAGUCAAGCUUAGUGACAAGUUAAAAUCAUCACCAUCAUACACUAAAGGGCUAACUGAGGAGAAGGCCAAGUUCAUUUGUAGGUACUGUAGGAAGUCCUUUGUUCGUCAAGCGUAUUAUGAAGAUCAUGAGCUGAAGCACAUAGUUGUCACACAACAUAGAUGUGACUGUUGCGGAUUGUACUUCCCUAGUGCUCAAAAAUGUCAAAAACACAAGCGUAAAGCAGCUUGCACACCCUUGAUACUAGACCCUCCUGUACAGAGUGCAGAGCAUUCAGAAGCAACCCUCGGAAAGACAGAUAUACCAGACAUGGUUGAAACAGCUGACUCCCACAAAGAACUUCGUAAUUGCUAUGUGAAACUAAUGGAUGUGUCCAAGACAAGCCAAUCGCCUGAACAAAUGCAUUGUCAAGUUUGUUGGAAGACUUUCAGGCUUAGAGCACAACUAAAAUCACACCUUAGAUCACAUUCAGAUGAGAAGCCCUUCAAGUGUGAUAACUGUGGAAAAGCAUUCAAAUAUACCUGGAAUCUUAACAAACACAAAAGAGAGCAGUGUUCUCAAAAGAUUGUUCCUCAUGAAAAAUCUUCAGUCCCAGAUAGCAAGUUUCCAAAAUUUAAAUGCCCCAUUUGUCCUCGCAUUUUCAAGUACUCCUACAAUCGGACACGCCAUUUGCGUGAACAGUGUCUCAAAGAAUACACUAAAAAAGGCAAAGGAAAAAUUGGUGGAAAGUAUCGAUGCCCUUUGUGUAAGGAUGUGUUUACCAUGGCCAGCAACCGCAAUAGACACAUCAAGCAAACUUGUGUUAAGCUUAAACUGUAUACAUCCAAAGGAAACGGAAAGAAAAGAAAAGAGUUGGAGCAAGUUAUCAAAACCAAAAAUGAGGACAAAGAGUCAACAUUGCCUAUUCCUGUACAAAAAGCAUCACGGUACAAAUGCAAUUUUUGUCCAUCUGUGUAUUCUAGCAAGUCUGGAUACUACAGCCAUCUUGCAAAGCAUAAAUUGCUUUUAAAUGCCAAAAAAGCAAUCAAACACAAACAGAGUAAUGGUGUCGAUUUGAAAAGUUCAAGCCCUACCAGUCAAAAGCCAACUAGCAAAGAAUCUGCUGAUAAGGAUGCAAGCCCUCCUUUCUCUUGUCGCUUCUGUGGAAAAGCCUUUACUUUAUCGGACUCGUUUAAAAAGCACUUACGACUUCAUAAAGGAAACAAACCCUUUCGCUGUUUAGACUGUGGUAAAAAUUUUGCCAGGCAUGGACACCUAGUGACUCACAAAAAUGUGCAUAAGCGGAAUGUACAGUGUUUAGUCUGUUGGGAAGUUCUGCCAUCUAUUGGAGAUUUGUUAAAUCACAGACAAUCCCAUCCAAAAAAAGGCAUGCUUAAGUGCCCCGAUUGCCCGUUGCAGUUUAAGUUUCCAGUUUUUCUGCUUCGACAUGUGGCUGUGCAUGAGAGAAGACGUAAGCUUGAGGAAAUUUUCCCUCCCAAGGACCAAGCUAGAACUCUAAAGGUAGAAAAAAAUGUCCCUCCCAAGGACCAAGCUAGAACUCUAAAGGUAGAAAAAAAUUACAAAGAGGAGUUCAAAUGUGCUCUCUGCCAAGAAGCCUAUGCUGACUCAAAGGCACUUAGUGAGCAUUGUUUAACUCAUGUCCCUGGACCUUCUGUAUCCAAAUGUCAGUUCUGCAAACACCAGUUCUCGAGUCAUGCUGGGCUGAUUCGUCACAUCCGCAUUCACACUGGUGAAAGGCCUUUUCCAUGUCAAACUUGUGGCAGACACUUCACCAGAAAGGAAUAUCUAAAAGUACAUGAGGAAAAAUGUACAGUGGAGCAGUCAGUACAGACGCCAAAUGCUGAAGAAAUACAGGCAGAAAAGAGUGUAGACACUGCACUGCAAAAGAGUGUAGACACUGCACUAAGCAAGACCAACAAAGUCUAUAAUUGCUCAUACUGCCCACAUUCUUUUCGUUUUCCCAACAAUUUGAAACUUCAUGAAAGAGCCCACUUGGCAAAGACUGUUUUCCCUUGUUCAAAGUGCGGGAAGUUUUACAGGAAAAGAAAAUUUAAGGAUCACGACGCAAUCUGCAAUGGAGACAAGCUAAAACCUGCAUGCAGAAAAUGUGGGAGAUUUUUUUCUAGAAAAAACUACAGAGAUGGUCACGAAAAGCAGUGCAAAGGCAAGCUAUCAACUGAAAUCAAAACUAGUACAAAGGAGAAGGACAGGUUUGAGCAUAAAUGUCCACAAUGCUUUAAAUGUUUUAGAACCAGAAGUUUUCUCCAGAAACAUCUCUCUCUUCAUUCAAAGGAAACCCCAUAUGCAUGCAUACAUUGUGGACAGAAUUUUGACAAUCAGGAUCGAUACUUGGAACACAAGGCUUUUUGUGGUGGUUUACCUAAGGAACAUAGAUUUGAAAGUUUAAAAGAAUCUAAGAAAAUGAAAUCAAUGUUUGCUGAAGCACAAAAUCAGGAGGACAUCACUGCGGUUCCUGGCGAAAAUGGUGAGGCAUUGAAGUGCAAAUUUUGCACUAAAUCAUUUUUGAGAGCCAGAAAUCUAAGACGUCACAUCCUCACUCAUACAGAGGUCAAGCCGUAUCGUUGCAAGACUUGUGAAAGUUGUUUCUCGCGCUAUGAUCAUUUAAAACUGCACCAAGCCCGCUGCAGAGGAAAACGACGACUUGAGGUGCGAGUUGUAAAGAUGAGUCUCGACAGCUUGAACACAAGUCCCCAAAGCAAAACCCAGGAAGGUGACCCAUUGCAAUGCACAGUUUGCUUUAAGCAGUUGUCCACACAGAGUGAUCUGAAGCGCCAUAUGUCCAUGCUCCACAUUACCAAUAAACCUUUUCCUUGCAAAAGAUGUGGCAAAACAUACAGUUCUAAAAAGACUUUGAGCAGGCACAACCUCAACAUCAGAUGUAAAAAGAUUUCAAAGGAAAGUGUGCCAUCUGCCACGAACAAUGUUCAAAAGCAGCCAUGCAGGGAAACCUCCAAACUUCUGCAACGCAUACAAGUGCAUUACAUGAAUAAAUUUAAAUACCAAUGCGAGUAUUGCCCUCGACGCUUUAAAUUAUCGGGACAACUGAAGGUUCAUUUACGUCUUCAUACUGGAGAAAAACCAUAUGGCUGCGCUAACUGCGGAGAGCAUUUCAUCAGAACAGACUAUUUGAAACGACACUUGGUUAAAUGCAACGGAAAGGGGGAAAAUGUAGAAAAAGUCCUUUGUGACAAGUGUGGUGACCUGUUUACCCGAGAUGCACUGUCUAUACACCAAAAGACCUGUGUUGUCAGCUCAAAAUCACCUGGAUCUUCUAAAGAGGUAAACAAGAGCCCCACUAAGAUUAAAGGUUUCUCCUGUGCUAACUGUAGUGACCGUUUUUUAUUGUUUUCACAGCUCCAGCAGCAUUUUUUAGCAAAGCAUAGAUCUGAUCAGCCACAAGAGUCAGUUGAUGAUCAACAGCAAUUGAUAUCAAAUCACCUGCCAAUAAUAAAGCAAGAGCCACUUGAUGAGGAGGAUGGGCAGAGCCAAGAAAGCAGCAGUCCGAUAAGGGAGCGACGUGCAUGUUCAAACAUAGACCUUAGCAAGCCUCUUAAAUGCCCUAAGUGCAACAUGCGGUUUUCCAGGAGCACUGGACUAGGUAUGCAUAUGCGCAUACAUAAUGGUGUAUACCCCCUUUCUUGUACAAAAUGCCAUAUUGGUUUUUGGACCAAAACGAGAAUGGAGAAACACAAAAGAAAAUGUAAGGGUCACACAAUUAUUUCAAAUAAUGAAUCUGCCUUGGAAAGUGCAGGCGAAACAGAUUGUGCUCUAAAUGACACUGUGUUAAUAUUUAACAAGGGCUCAAAUACAACAGGAACUGGAGUACUGCAGACUAAGUUCUCAUGUAAAGAUCAAGACCAGGAAAAUGAUGCAGAAAAGGGAGCUGCAGAAAAGGGCGAUGCAGAAAAAGGAGAUGCAGAAAAGGGAAAUGCAGAAAAAGGAGAUGCUGUUCACAAGUAUCAGUGUUCUGAGUGUGAUCAGAGUUUUACAGAUGGGCUGAGACUCAUAAGUCAUUUAGAGGAGCAUGGCCGUGAAGAUCAAGAGCGCAAAUCAGAUAUCCACAGAUGUCAGUUGUGCAGUAAAGUCUUUGCUCAAGCUGGUAUAUUGCAAAGGCAUAUGAAAAUCCAACAUCAGAAAAAAAUGGUUAAUACUUGUGAAAUUUGCUUCAAGAGGUUUCGUUUUCCUUCUGACCUGGACCUCCAUAAAUCUUGUCAUGACCCCAGUCGUCCCUUUGUCUGUAACCAUUGUGAGAUGCGGUUUUGGACUUCUAAAUCCCUGACCAUUCACCAAAGGAUGGCUCAUUUGCAUGCACACCUGCCCAGCUCAAAAGAACCUAGUGUGAAAAAAGGAACAGAGCACCCUGAAGUAUAUAGGUGUGAACCAUGUGACAAAACCUAUACGGUAAAAAAGUCAUACACAAAGCACUGCAAAGUAAAACAUGGACUGGAUUCAGUCAAACCCCUCGCUGAUGGAUUGAAAAAAUCAUCUGCCAGUGUAAGUCAGGAGUCAGAUAAGGAAGAGUCCAGCAGAAAUUUUGAAGAUGAAGAUGACAGCGACAAUGACUCUGAUUCUGCCCCAUACUUCCCUUGCCAUGUUUGUGGUAAAACAUUCUUAACAUCAGAAAAUCUCGAGGAUCAUCAAAGAUGUCAUCUUGGCGAAAAGCCCUUCGAGUGUGAGGAAUGUGGGAAGUGCUUUUUUCAGCUAGCGAACUUGCAACAACAUCAGCGAUGCCACAAGUCUGAGUUUCAGUGUCAAAUGUGUGGUAAAGGUUUUGUCUCGCUCUUCACCCUGCGCAAACACAAGCAAACACAUAUCAGAAAGAGUGCCCACCGCUGUACCAAAUGUCAACUGAGCUUCACUCGCCCAACGAAACUAGCUGAGCACAUGGUGACCCACCGCGAUGAAAACUUUCCCUGUGACCUUUGUGAUGAAACCUUUUCCUGUAAAACAAGUCGGGCAGAGCAUCGGAAGAUGCACACAGAGCAUGAAGAAGAGCUUCCACCAUUGAUUCCGCCCCAACAGCCUCAAACAAAGCAAGGGACUUCAGCCAUCUCCAGUAAAAGCCUUCCAUCAAGUAACAUUGAGCAGUACAAGUAUCGCUGUGGAAUUUGUCAAGUAAGAUUUCCAGAUCCGGAGCAGCUCUCAGAACAUGGCUGCAGUCCAGCAAAAGAGAGGCCAUACUCAUGUCCAGAAUGCAACAAGUAUUUCUUACAUGGUUCCCACCUUAAAAAGCAUCAGCUCAGCCAUCAGUUGUCAGGACCAGGGUCUUAUCAGUGCAAUCAUUGCAGCAUGAGCUUCACCCACCACCACCUUUUUCUCACUCAUUUACGAAGCCACAGGAAUGAAAAGGCUUCCAAGGACAGUAACUUUCCUACCAGUGAAAAGACUAUACGAGUAGAAACAGUGAAGCGUGCCAAAAUUUACCAGUGCCCCAUAUGUCCUGAGAGUUUUUACCAAGCAUUGGACCUCGCAAAUCACCUCUCUGUUCAUUCUCACAUGUGCAGCGUUUGCAAUAUGACUUUCCCAUCUAAGAAAGAACUUGAUGAACAUGAACAAUGCCAUUUGACUGCUGCUACACAGUAUGAAUGCACCGAAUGCGGAGACAACUUUCUUGGAAGUGAUGCUUUCCGCAAUCACCACUGUAGUAAUCGAAAUUUGACGUUUUUAGACAAGCGCCGGUCAGAGUCAUCGGUCUCUUCCUCUAAGAAGCAAAGUUCAGGGACUCAGUUUCAAGCAGGUGAUGAAGAGGAGGAGGUUGAUGUUGGAGAAGACUUCAUUAUUUGCCCUAUCUGUAAAAAACGGUUCUCCUCCAAUAGCAGUUUAAUGGAACACCAUAAAAAGCAUCACGAGGAUCAGCGUCCUUUCAAGUGUUUGGUUUGUAAUAAAGGUUUUACGAAGAAACGGUACCUUACGCAGCAUCAGCAAAUUCACAAUGAACGGCCUUACAAGUGUGACGUGUGCUCAGAAUCCUUUAAAACGGAACCAAGUCUCAUAUCUCACCGCAGACUGCAUGAUGCAAAAAGGCAGCACAAGUGCCCAAUAUGCUACAGAACCUACCUUACAGCACACGAUCUGGCAAAACAUAAACGGAAACAUGCCGAACAUCAAAGUCAGGACAAUGAGUUCCGGUGUGACAUGUGCUAUAAAUCCUUCCCAUUGUUUGAUCAGUUGCAAAAGCACCAGGAAACCCAUGUAGGACAAGUUGUCUAUGAAUGCACAGAAUGUGACAAAGCCUUUGCUUUUCUAAACCUUUUGGAGGACCAUCAGCUGACUCAUACUGCUGCUUCUGCUUCUGCAGAAUCUCUUCAGUCCCAAUCAUCAAUACAUUUUCCCUUCCAAAGCCCAAUGCAUGAAUAAAGGUCAAAUUACUGAUGACUGUUUCCUGCAAUGCAGGUUAUUCAAACUCAUUCAGUUUUCUGAACAUUAUUUGUUAAGAUAAACUGUACAUAGAAUCCAUUGUUCUUUUUACUUGGCCUAACUGCUUUUAUCCACUUUGAAAUAUAGUGUGGGUGUUUUACCAUAGUUCUGAGUCGGUCUGUUAAUGUUCAUACAAUAUUGUUCUACAGUUCUGUGAACUGCUGACUAAAUUCUCUUUUGUACAGUACUCAGACUGAUGUGUGUAUAUUAAUAUGCAAUUUAGAUGAUGUAUGGAACUAUAGGUAUAUAUGCAUGCAUAAAUGAAGUUGUUGGAGAUGUUAAUGUUCCACGGUGCAGUUCACAAGGAUGUAUAGUUGAAAACCCUGCACCAUUCCUUCAUUGUUGAAGUAAUUUUUGACCUUGCUAAAUUUAUUAGGCAAACGUGUUUUAAACAUCAUUUUGAAAGUUAGAGGAAAUUUGUAGAUUUAAUUGUUAAUAUUUCUUAAUGUUUUUUUUUUAUUUUUACUAUCUAUGUAUUUGUAAACAUUUAAGGUCAAGUUAAGGGUUCAUCACAUCGUGGUUAUAUAUAAUGUGAAUGCCUUGAGUUAAAAUGAUGUAUUCCGUUUCAUUAAAACCCAGCUUUAUCUUUUUAAGAACUGUCUAACUUCAAUGGCUUUGCUCAACAAAAAAAAGAAGAGAAAGCAGGCUUGACAAAAAUACUGUACCCUUUCUGUUUAAACUACAGUAGUGCUAACGUAUAUAUGACUAUAAACCCUGAUGUAUAGUUUUACUUUUGUAUAAUAUGGCAAUGUUGAUAAUUUCUUCAACUAGUAAACAUUUGCAUCUA